CUAAGCCGGAUGUAUAGUAUUUUACCGACGGCAUAGUAAUUUUGCUCUGUGCGUGUGAGAGAAGGAAGAAAGGAGGGUUUACGCUGGGUUAGAAGGAGGACACUGGCGCUUUAUUACCAUUAUUGCUCGCACCCGUUGCCCAUUUCCGCCUUCUUAACCUGGCGAAAUUUUGAACGGUUAAAAUGGAGGCGGACAGAUCCGGCGGAGGACCAAACCCGAACUUUGGAGGCGGCGGCAGCAGCGGAACGGGGCGCAACCCAAACGGGCCCAAAGCAGCACCGGGCCAGUCAGCACCAGUAGCGGCUACCGGGGCGAUGGCAGCGGCUGCUGCAGCAGCAGCAAUCGGAGUCAUGCCUGGGUCGUCGCAUCCCCGAGAAUCACAACAGGACGGCGAUUCGGGAAUGACUCUCCCAGGGAUCCUGCACUUCAUCCAGUACGAAUGGGGACGUUUCCAGGCCGAGAAAUACCGCUGGGAGGCGGAGAGGGACGAACUUCGGGCGCAGGUAGCAUUCCUUCAAGGCGAGCGGAAAGGACAGGAAAACAUGAAACAGGACCUAGUAAGACGGAUUAAAAUGUUGGAAUAUGCUCUCAAACAAGAAAGGGCUAAACACCAGAAGCUGAAGACAGGAAACGACCCGAGUCCCGGCGACAAGAAAGCAGAGAUGGAAACAGAGCCACUUCCCAAUGGCCCAGCUGAGUCAGACUCAGAACCGGCCAAUCAGAUGUCCUGGAAAGAGGGACGUCAGCUACUACGCAAAUACCUGGAGGAGGUGGGCUACUCGGACACCAUUCUAGACAUGCGCUCCAAACGUGUGCGCUCCCUGCUGGGGCGGAGCAGCCCCGAGGCCAACGGGCCCCCACCACCUGAAGCCUCCCCAGAGUCGGAGACGCGAUCCGGUGGAGAAUCCUUGUUGGUCCGACAAAUAGAAGAGCAAAUUAAGAGAAACGCAGGCAAAGAAAGCUCCAAGGAACAUCUCGGUGGUUCAGUGCUCGAUAAGAUCCCCUUUCUGCACGGAUGCGAGGACGACGACGAGGACGACAGCGACGAGGAAGACGACUUCCAAGGCAUGGCCACAGACUGCAUUGACGGCCCUCGCAAGAGCAAAAAGUCCCGUGUAAAGAUGGGUUCAGAGCCCAUGACCACAGACCUGGACCCAGAGGAUGAGGAGGAUGAGGACGACUCGGAAGACGCCCUCAGUGAAUUUGACUUUCUGGGCUCCGGGGAGGAUGGGGAGGGGGCGGGAGAGGCCAGGAUCUCUGGGGACGGACGGGAGUUAGAGAACCGCAGGAACAAGUUACAAGGCAUGAUGUCUGACUUCCCCUCAAAACCUGCCCCGCCUCCCUCUGUGUCCGGACAAGCUCGCUCCGGGGAAGGGGGCGCCUUGGGUUUUUCCUCGGACGUCUUCAUUAUGGACGCUGUCGGAGGCGGAGACAUGAACUUGGGUGAACUGGCUGAUCUCACCGUUGCCAAUGACAACGAUCUCUCCAUGGAUAUGCAGGAUAACAGAGAGGAGUAUAAGAAGACGUGGAACCCCCGUUUUACGCUACGCAGCCACUUUGAUGCUAUCCGUGCGUUGACUUUUCACCCCAGCCAAGCAGUCCUGCUCACAGCCUCUGAAGAUGGAACACUAAAGCUGUGGAACCUCAACAAGGCCAUGCACUCCAAGAAGAAUGCAGCAUUAGAUGUUGAGCCUAUCUACACAUUUAGAGCGCACAGUGGUGCCGUUUUGUCACUAACCAUGGGAGAAGAUGGAGAUUCCUGCUACAGCGGAGGUCUGGAUGGAAGCGUGCGAUGUUGGAAGAUGCCGGACCUCAACGUGGAUCCCUAUGACAACUACGAUCCUGGCAUUGAGAGCAGCGUGCUAGCAGGCCAUGAGGACAGCGUGUGGGGUCUGACGUACUCUACGGUACACCAGCGGCUGGCCUCGUGCUCGGCGGACGGCACCGUUCGCAUCUGGGACCCGCGGAACUCUACCCCCUGCCUUUCGGUCUUCAACAAGGAAAGAGAACAUGGAACACCCACCUCGGUGGCCUUUGUGGCGUCUGACCCUAACCAGGUGGUGGUGUCAUUCGAUGCCGGCGAGACACUGCUCUAUGACCUCAACACGGAGCAGAGCAUCAUAGCGCUAGAGACGCAGACCAAGGAUGGAAGUGAACUCAUCAACCGUGUGGUCAGUCACCCCUCCGAGCCCCUCUCCAUCACUGCACACGAGAACCGCACCAUCCGCUUCUUAGAUAACAAAACUGGUAAAGGGGUCCACUCGAUGGUGGCCCACCUGGAUGCAGUUACCUGUCUCACAACAGACUCUAAAGGCACUUACCUCAUCUCUGGCAGCCAUGACUGCUCGGUGCGCCUGUGGAUGCUCGACAACAGGACGUGCGUGCAGGAGAUCACCGCCCAUCGGAAGAAGCACGAUGAGGCCAUUCACGACGUGGCUUUCCACUGCUCGCAGCCCUUCAUUGCCAGCGCCGGCGCCGACGCACUCGCCAAGAUCUUCGUCUGACAACACUGCGGUCGUACCAGACACCCUCGACUGGGCCAAAAGAGAGAAGAGUGGACAGCCCCCCCUCCACACACACACACACACACACACACACAUACUCUUGUCCUGCACCCCACUGGCUGGGUUAUUGUCACAGGACGUCACCGCCCCUCACUUCCUUGCUGUUUUAUGCCUCAGUGACUUGUUGUUAUACGAACCACACUGCUUUGUUUUUUAUUAACUCUACAAGCUCCUCGGAUAAAAAAAAAGAAAUCCAACUUUUUUCUACACUACAGUGCGCUAUUCCGCCCCCCACCCCACCCCACCCACCCUACCCUGACAAUUCUACUUAUUUCAGUGCACUUGAGAAGUACAGAUAUGUGCAUGGUGCACAAAGUUUUUUUGGUUUGUUUUUUAAUAGUCAGUGAAAUAACCGGUAAGUAGCCUGCUGGUAUCGCAUAGUAUGGCUGACAAAGGUGAUAUCAUUCCAAAGACUUUAAAGGAGGCGUGUGUGUGUGUGUGUGUGUGUGUGUGUGUGUGUGUGUGUGGUUUUCUUAUUCAAGGUCCGAGAAUGUUCUACAUGCCAGUGUUUCAACUUAAUAGCUUUAAUUUCAACUUUGCCACGACCCGUAGGUUCACUGUGUGCAUGUCUUGAAUGUUUCUACCCAUUUAAGGUUGGGAGGGAGAGCAGGGUGAGGUGUGUGUGUGUGUGUGUGUGUGUGUGUGUGUUGGCAGCAGAUUGUGCUGUUUUUUUUACUGUAUCGAGUGUGUAUCCGUAUUCGCACUAGUCAAAUCAUGGUGCUAUGAAAGCCUGUGGUAGGAUUUUUUUGCACACGCAAGGAAGAGACUUCACAGUAGACAUGUCAUUCAUUUCAGACACGCGUGUGUGUGUGUUUUUUGUACUAAAUCCCCACUGUGAGAUGCGAGUGCGGCUUCCUCACAUUGUUUUGUGUUCCUUUCGUUGGUGUCAGUGGGUGCAUUCGGGCUUUAAAAAAAGCAAGAGAAACAAAAGAGAAAAGGCUUGUCAUCAUCUUGGCUGGUAGUGCAUGAGUUGCACAGUAGCACAUUAGCCUCCUGGACGCUAAUGGAAGUAGCAUGUGUCUAAGGAGAAAAAGCUCCAUCACAGUCACUUUUGUCACUACACAUAGGAAGCGAUGUCAUGGGCGGAGUUGCCGUGGAAGAGAGUCUUUUUUUUUUCUUAGUAACGGUUCACUAACCUGCUAUUUUGUUAGGGGAGUGUAGUUUUGUAGUGGUCUGUUUAAUAAUAAAAAAAUCACUUUGUAAGAUUAUACAUGGUGUAUAUAGGCACCCACUGACUUUUCAAUACGUCCUACAGACUAGGGAUGGGCAUUGGACUAAAUGGGGGCCAUUAAUCCAUUUCAAAAAUAUUUUAUGCAAUUUAAUUUCUGUAUUUUUCCUGUGGCUGGGGUUUGAUGUUCACUCCCACAUUUUCAAAUGCAGAUGUUAACAGAUAUGAGCAGACUCAUGAUAAGGAGUCACAAUAGACAGGAAGUUGCUGACGUUGCUCGCAUCACGUUUGUCAAACUGCUGUUUGCAGCCAACCAGCCCGCAUCAAAUUCGGCCUGAAAUGCUUCAAUUACUCACGACUGAACGAGCUGUUAAUUUAUAUGCCCAUCCCUAGUAGAGACUGCAAAAAAGUUAGAAAAGUUGUCCAGCUGGCAACUUGUUAAGAUAACAGGGUACCACAGGGGUCAGAGAAAUGUGCCGAAUCAAGAAGAGCCCAGCAUUCAAACAGGGUCCCUGCCCCUCAAGUCUGAAUUACUCCUUUUAGAACGGCGAUCCUCAGCAGGAGGGGUGGGUCGCGGAGCCGUUUCUUUGCCUGGGCAAACCAAUAACAAUGUCAGAAUGUCAGUUAUUUGCACCUUGCAUUGUAGUCUGUGUUGUUCGCUUCCUACGCCGCCAUGAGGUGCGUGUUCAUGGGCGACUUUGCCAAUCUUUUGAGCGUGACGGGAACAUAACGUGCCGUCCAUCCGACACACAGCUGCAGAUAUCUGCUGGAGAAGAGCCAGUCGUGGGGGAUGCUACCACAGCUGUUGCAAUUGUGAUAGUCUGGAUAAGUUUGGCUAGCAAAGGGUCCAUUUCCUGCACCGUUACUUGCGUAUGCCAAAUUUUAAACCUGCUGUUGGAAAACACUCGGGAGGACAAGCAAUUAUUCUGGUGCAUGUGUCACAGUGCCAAUUACUGGCCUGGCAUGCAAAUUGCAGCCUUUUCUGUUGUUCUAACGGGGGUUGUUUUGAAAACGAAACGGUGUAUUUGGUCAGUGCUGUGUCAACACAGUAUGGACUUCCUGUACAAAACGAGUGUCAGUCCGCAAUAUUUAUCUAGUGGGGGUUUGCUAAAAGCCAACGGAGCCCCCCUGUGAGAGUGCAGACAAAUCAGUGAGAAAAUAAAACAAAAGUCUUUGUUGGGUUUCAUUUCUUGCAUCUCUUUUGAUUCCAAUGAAGAUGUAAGAAUUACGUAGUAUUAUAUGAUUCAUUCUCCUUUACUAGGCAUAGGACUUGCUUGUGAUUGACGACAAUGUACAACUUGUAAAAAAAAAUACAAAAUAAAUCAGAACACAAAUGCAAAAAAAAAAAAAUAAAAAAUCAAGAAAACAAGAAAAAUGUACCAGUCAGAGGCCAAGGUAAAGGACUCUUUUUUUUGUUUGUAUUUUUUUAUUAGCAAUUUAUCACUGUGUGAUACUUUGUACAUCAUAUUAAGCUGUAUUCAAACUAUUUCCUCUAACUACAAGGGAUAAGAGACCUGCUUUUUAUUAUUAUUAUUAUUAUUAUUAUUAUUAAUUUGGUUUUAUUAUAUAUUUUUGAAUUGCAUUCUAGCUUGUAUCAGAUGAGACUCUUGUUUUUUGUUUUAUGGGUC